UCUGGAAAGCUCGCGAAGCGCUCGGAAACAUCUAGAAGCGCACGUUUUCCGAAUUAAAUACCCUGGCGCUCGUCCGCCGCUUCAGUUUGGAUUUGGACAGCUGGACGAACUCGUGUACGCUAUAUUCGACUUCAUUUGAGCUUUUGAGCUAGUUUCGAGAAAUUAUUUUGCUAUUUGACUCUAUCGAAGGCUCGUGUCACUUCGCCAUUUUGACUUGGUGCUGUGAGAUACAAUUUCACUGAAAACACUUCGCUAUUCGACUGUUUUUUGAGACCAAAUUUCGCUGUUUGAAAACUUAGUCGUCAAAAUGUUUUCACCUGCAGCCAGUUUAUUGUUGAACCUCCUGGACGACAGCGAUUAUUCCCCCUACGGCCACGGUGGAUAUGGAUACCUGAACCCUCCCCACGCCCACCUGAGUAUCAUCCGGCCCAAACGUCAAGAAUCUUGUUCUUCGGGGGCCGUCGCCGCCAAAUCCGACCCCUCGACCUACCAGGUGAUGUUGAAUGUGAAGCAGUUCAGCCCCAACGAGAUUGAAGUGAAAAUUGUUGACAAUUUCGUCGUCAUCCAUGGCAAGCACGAGGAGCAUGCCGACGAACAUGGGUUCGUGUCCCGGGAAUUCACCAGGAGGUACCAAUUGCCAGACGAUGUGGAGCCUCAAACUGUGAAGUCCUCUUUGAGCCAGGACGGUGUCUUGACCAUCAAAGCUCCCAGAAGGCUUCCAGAACCGGUCAAGAACGAAAGAGUGGUCCCCAUUAUCCUCCAAAAAUCCGUUCUUCAAGAGCAGAGGGCGGCCGAUAGGGCCCAGGAGAGGGCAGAGCAGGAAAUGGAAGUGCAGCAGGAAGAGAAAAAAUGAACUUGUUUAGUGACUUUUUUGAAUUAAUUAGUUUUUCCAAGUGAUUUAUGUUUUUCUCUUGUUCAUUUGUUUAAAUCCACCGGAUUCGUUCGUUCGCCAAGAUAUCCAGAGCUUAGACUUAUGUGUAAGUGCUCUGUUUAUGUG